GGCACUAAAACAGCUCCACAGACCACAACCCACCCAGCCCUGGAGGGGUGAAACUGCUGCAUAUUCUCACAGAAAACCUGGGAAACUUCUUCAGAGCUCUCAUACAGCAUGGCGGCGUGGGACCUGUCAGUCACAGUGGAGGAUCUGGGGUCUGAUGCCCUACCUGUCACUGUCAGUGUGACCUCUGACCUCCACGUCGGAGGAGUUAUCCUCAAGCUGGUGGAAAAGACACAAAUCAAGCGUGACUGGUCGGACCACGCCCUGUGGUGGGAGCAGAAGCAGCAGUGGCUGCUGCGGACAGCCUGGACUCUGGAGAAGUACGGUGUUCACGCCGAUGCCCGGCUGCUCUUCAUGCCCCAGCAUAAGCCCCUAAAACUGGGGCUGCCCAACGGCAUCACCCUGAGGCUGCGGGCCUCCUUCUCCUGCCCUGCCUUCCAAACUGUGAUUGGCAUCUGCAGAAUACUCAACAUCCGUCACCCCGAGGAGCUCUCCCUCCUUCGGCCUGUGGAGGAGAAGAAGAAGAAGAAAGACAAAGACUUGGCACAGGACAUCUAUGACCUGACUGAGGUGCCGCUCUCCUCGGUGUCACAGUCCUGUCUGUAUAACGGCAUGCCAGCUCACUUUGUUGGCUCACCUCAGAUGGAGGCCAUCUACAAGAUGCUGUCGGUCACUCAGCCUCCCCCCGCCCCCGAGGUCAUAGCCAAGCAGUACCGCCCCGCCAGCGUGGUGGACAAGGCCCACAUCAACGGCAGGUGGUUGGAUUCAUCUCGUUGUCUCAUGCAGCAGGGCAUCCAAGAAAACGACCGACUAUGGCUUCGUUUUAAAUACUUUGCCUUCUAUGAUAUUGAACCCAAGUACGAUGUUGUGCGUCUGACCCAGCUGUAUGAGCAGGCACGCUGGGCCAUCCUGCUGGAGGACAUCGACUGCACGGAGGAGGAGAUGAUGCUGUUUGGAGCUCUGCAGUACCACAUCAGUAAGGUGGCUCAGUCAGAGCCCCAGAUGCUGAGCACCAAUGCAGCCAUGGACGACCUGGAUUCUGCCCUGCAGUCGCUGGAGGUCAAGAUGGUCGGAGAGAGCAGCUCUGCAUCCGAGCUGCUGGAAAAUAUGACUGCACCAGAACUCAAUGACUAUCUGAAGAUAUUCCGGCCCAAGAGGCUGACUCUGAAGGGUUACAAACAGUACUGGUUCAAGUUCCAGGAUACUUCCAUCUCUUAUUUCAAGAGCAAAGAGGAGAGCAUUGGAGAGCCCAUUCAACAGAUCAACCUUAAAGGAUGUGAGGUGGCUCCAGACAUUAACGUUGCAGCGCAGAAGUUCCUUAUCAGACUCCUGAUCCCAGCACCGGAAGGCAUGAACGAGGUCUAUCUGCGCUGUGAGAACGAGCAGCAGUAUGCUCAGUGGAUGGCUGCGUGUCGGCUGGCCUCCAAGGGCAAGAGCCUCGCAGACAGCAGUUUCCAAAGUGAGAUCCAGAGCAUCCGCUCUUUCCUGGCUAUGCAAAAGACCAACUCCCACGGCAACGCACCUGCCAGUGAUGAAAGCAUCAAUACUCAUAGUCUGGUGUCUCCACGCUACCAUAAGAAGUACAAACCCAAACAGCUGACCCCGCGCAUCCUGGACGCGUACCAAAACGUGGCUCAGCUCUCACUGACAGAUGCAGUGAUGCGAUUCCUGCAGAUCUGGCAGGCCCUGCCAGACUUUGGGCUCUCAUACGUUGUUGUCAGAUUCAAGGGUAGUCGAAAAGACGAGGUGCUGGGCAUUGCCCCAAACCGCCUGAUCCGCAUCGACCUGGGAGUGGGUGAUGUGGUCAAGACCUGGCGCUACAACAACAUGAAGCAGUGGAACGUAAACUGGGACAUACGACAGGUGGCCAUUGAGUUUGAGGGGAACGUGAACAUCGCCUUCAGCUGUGUGACUGCUGACUGCAAAAUCGUUCACGAGUUUAUUGGAGGCUACAUUUUCAUGUCAACACGCAGUCGUGAGAAGAGCGACACGCUCAACGCGGAGCUCUUCCACAAGCUGACCGGUGGCCACGAAGCUCUCUAAGACUAAAAAAAAAACCUACACACACAACAAACUGAUCCUUCAGAGCCCAUCACAUCCCCUGUUUGUCUCACUAGUGGAAAACCCAGGUGGAAAAGCUAGCCGCAAUAAGAUAGGAAUGUCAAAAUAUGAUAUUCUGUUCAUUGUAGACAAGUUUAAACCCAGCUUCUCAGUCCAUCAAGAUCUGGUCUAGCGUUUGUUCUCGACACAGACGCACAGUUAUUUGUAGGCUGCAUCAGUGGAAGGCAGACUUAACGUGUCCAGACAGUUCGAGGCUCCAGUCGUCCUCCUGCUGACUUGCCCCCUCCCUUCAGGAUGGACUGCUGCUGGGCCAAACUGCUGGGCAUCUGCUCUAGGAUCAGCAGGCUUGACAAUCAAACUCACAGAAAUGUAAAAUCAACAGCUGAAUCAGCCAGCUGCAACUUCUCUUUUUCAACUCCCUCUAUCAAGGCUUGUAAUCAGCGUUGCUCAGGAUGGAAAAGUUUGCUUUGUCCAGAGCUGCAAACGCAUCUUCACUUAGACUUUUAUUAGAAAUUAUUGUCACUUAACAGCAGCCAUAUUAUUACAAAAAAUAAACACCAAUAUUAAAUGUUCACCACAUAAACAUGUGAAUAAACAAAUACUUACUAAAAAAAA